AUGACCCUCAACACAAAGCCUGGACAACACAAAGACUUUAGAGAACCGAUCACCCCUUGCCUGGAUAUGUACUUUACACAAGUGGGAAAAAACCACACUAGACUGGACUACCAAACAGGAGCCAUGUAUCUCAGUCUGCCUCUCCUCCCCACAUCUUACCUUUGCUGUGAAACUUCCCGCUCCAAGCAGCAGCAGGAGACACUGGAGGGUUAUAUAAAUACUGUCACCAACACCAUUGCUAGAAAGCAUUACAGUUAUUACAGUUGUCUUGUCACUAUUAACUAUGCUUUGAGUGGUUCGGGUUUAACUGACAAAGUCCUAGUCUUCCCAUAUGAGACAGACUUCAGUUUCGUGGCCCUGAUCCCACAGAAGGAGAUGGGGCUGAGGGCCUUCACCCUCUGCAUGCGUGUGGCCACUGAGCUGCCAGAAGAACGACAGAUCAUCUUGUUCGCCUACCGCACAGCUGACUAUGACGAACUCAACGUGUGGCGUGAGAAGGAUGGACGUGUCUCCUUUUAUAUGAGCGGUGACGGUACCUUCUUCCACCUGCCACCUCUUACCACCUUCCGCACCAGCCUCUGCCUGACCUGGGAGUCUCGCACUGGCCUCGCUGCUUUUUGGGUGGAAGGGAAGCGCAGCACCUACCAGGUCUACAAACCUGGGCACUCCAUCCGUCCAAAUGGCUCCAUCAUCUUGGGACAAGACCCAGACAAACACCUCGGGGGCUUAGAGGCUGUGCAGAGCUUUGUUGGGGAGGUGACGGAUCUGAAUAUGUGGGACUUUGUGCUCUCUAGGAGCAUGAUUCAGGCCUGGCACUACGGGCACAAGGUCCCUAAAGGUAACAUCUUCGACUGGGGCACUAUUGAGUAUGAGCUGAAUGGGAACGUGAUGGUGGUAGAUGAUGACUGA